AUGAUAAAUAUGUCAUUAAAAUUUCGAAAAUGCAUUAAGUGCAAAAUGUGGACAAAAUGGCAACUGUUUCAUGCUACGGAUUUUCAAUCGCUUAUGCAUCCCUGUUUCACCUUUUGCCGCAUACUUGGAAUAUUUCCGUAUUACAUCAAGGCUUCGACUUUUGAAACUACAAAACAGCGCUAUAUUCUGACAACCAUCAUUAUUUGCAUUCUCUGUAUUUACAAACUAAUAGUAUUGUAUAAGAUUGACAUUACUGGAACGAUCAUAUUUGAUAGUACACCUUUGGUUUUUGAACGUAAUUGUUUUUUUAUACUCAGCGGGUUUAUCAUGAUUGUUACAUAUAUUUUGAACGGUCCUCGGAUGCACUUACUCCAAAAUAUAAUGGAAAUCUCUUUGAGACUGUCUCCUGAUUCGUAUCGAAAGCUAUCGAGAUUGAUUCAUGCUAAAGAUAUUUUUGGAUUCUUUUUUCUAAUCGGACAAACAGCAUUUUAUUAUUCCAUGAUAAAUUUUAGUAACAUAGACAAGAUUUUCGUACUGUACAUAAACUUGAUAUUAUUUCAAAUGGAUAUGUUGUAUAUAAAUUGCGUGUGUGUAUUAAAAGCCUGUUUUAAGGAAAUUAAUGAUAAUCUGACGAAUUUGCGAAAGCUCGUGGUGAACGACGAAUCACAUAUUUUGAGGAGAAAUUAUCAUGAACGGAAAAAUCCAUUCCUACUAAUAAAACUCAGAGCUUUGAGAAAACAGCAUUUGAUGGUCAGUGACACAGUGCAAAUGUUGAAUACGAUUUUCAGUCUACAGCUUCUCGCUACCAUAGUUCUAGUUUUUGCUGAAGUUACUUUCCAUCUAUAUUUUUAUAUAUUUCAUUGGAAAGUUAACAUAAUUAGCGCACAACACGAACUUUUGGAUGGGUUAUUGGUAACGACUUGGACGUAUCAAUGUAUCAAAAUGGUGUUAAUAGGAUGGGCUUGUGAUACAGGCAAGGAUGAGGCCAUGAGGAUCGGUACCACUGUUCAUGAAAUACUGAACGACACUAUCGAUGAACAUCUCGGAGAUGAAUUGCAGUUGUUUUCCUUGCAAGUACUGCAUCGGAAAAAUACAUUUUCCGCGAAGGGUCUCACUGUGGACACAACACUUCUUGUCGCGAUAGUAAGUAAUAUCACCACUUAUCUCUUAAUUUUAAUACAAUUUUUAAUUGCCGAACAAUCUUAA